GAGAGACCGAGUCGACUUGAUACAAAAACAAUGGCUGCACCAUUGCACUCCGCUGCCCGGCGCUCAGUCGCCACUAUUACAUCUACGGCGCUUAAAGUGCCAGUCCGUCAAUCCAUCGCGGCUACAUCAUUUCUCCGCUGCGGAGCUCUCACCACUGCCAGCCGAGGCCUCAGCUCAACCUCGCAAAGCCGCCGUUCCCCCGCGCCCUACCAGGCCAAAUCACACAGCGUAUUCAGUCUCCGUCAGCAAGUCCGAUGGAAUAGCGACGAAUCCACCCCCGAGCACACUCCCGUGUUCCGGGAAUGGGGCUUUGAAGAUAUCAACGCCUCCCUCCCAGCCUCAACCCCUUCUCCCUCGCACACUCCCGUAAUUCUAAUUGAUGUCCGCGAACCCGCUGAACUCACUGGCACCGGCAUUAUCCCCAGCGCAAUCAACAUCCCGCUCGCCUCCCAGCCCGAUGCGCUCUUCCUGACCGCAGACGAAUUCGAGACGCGCUUCGGGUUCCCGAAGCCCAGUGCCGAUGCCGAGCAGCAGAUUGUCUUCUAUUGCAAGGCGGGUGUGCGGGCGAAGGCUGCGGCGCAAUUGGCUGUGCAGGCCGGGUAUGAUGCGGAGAAACUUGGAGUUUAUCAUGGGAGCUGGUUGGAUUGGGAGCGGCAGGGGGGUAAGACUGAGCGGUGGCAGGGGAAUGAUGCGUGAUGGGUCACGGAAUGAGAAAUGGAUUCAAUUGGAAUGAACAAUUUGUACAUAAUGCAACUGUCCCAAAAUGAAUUGAGCGGUACGCGAGAUGUGGCAAGAAGAUACGAUGGUGA